UGUUUCGCAACCUUGCCAACCACACACACGCAGCAGCAGCAGCAGCAGCGUAAACGCGGCUGCAGAGACAUCGCAAACUCUGGGGAUCUCAAACCACCAGGCGGCUGGAACGCUUUUACGAAACUGGGACUUUUCUUUCUUCUCCGGUUUGCAAUCAUGGUUCCUGAGGAAAGCGUCGCCUCCGUCGAGAACAGGAUGCAGUCUGCAAGCUUGGCACUGGAGGAGUUGCUUGUAACUGCCCAGAAACAGCACUGCCUCACUGUUGGCAUCUAUGAAUCAGCAAAGCUUCUCAAUGCAGAUCCGGACAGCGUGGUCCUGUGCGUCCUGGCAGCAGACGAUGAGGAGGACGUUGCGCUACAGAUCCACUUCACGCUGCUGCAGUCCUUCUGUUGCGAUAGCGGCAUAAACAUCCUGCGGGUCUCCGGGGUUCAAAGGCUGUUGCAGCUUUUGGGGGGUGUGGAUGCAAACCGAAACCAAGAGGAGAGCGGAGACCUCCACUGCAUGCUGGUCACGAAUCUUCAGGUAGACCACUACCGACUGCAAGAAGUUGGGACGUACUGCCAAGAGAGCCGACGCCUUCACCAGUGGGUUCCUGAGCUGAUUCUGCAGGAACGCUGAAGGGUCUGAAUAUCCCUAGAAACCCUGGAGUUUCUGGGUUGAGAUACUGAAAAAAAAUGAAGGAUCUUGAUGCUCAAGCAGCUUGAGCCUUGAGUGGAUUCGCUCACAGGACCCAAACCGAUGGUGGAAGGAGCUUAAGAUUUUCUCCGUGUCGCUGUAAAACAGUUGGGCGUUUCAGCGGAAGAUAAAGACAGAAAAGUGGUUUGACUGAUUAUUUCUGCACACACUCUUCCUUUGGGCUUCUGCUUGGUGACUCACAAUGUUCAAGGACUAUUUUAAAUUAAUCACCAAGAGGUGGAGCAGCAUUGUUAUUUGACCACGCCCAGUUCAUACCUGGAUGAUUUGUUUGUUUACAGUGUGGAUUGAAAUGUUGUAAUACUGAAACUACUGUAUAGCCAACAUUCUUGAGUGUUCAGAGUUGGGAGAGUCUCCCGGUAGACGGGGUAUGUGUAAAAGCAUGGUAUGCAUACACAAUGUCUUUCUUUAGAAAUGACUGGGUGUGCUGUGAGUGCGUUUUGGCUGAGAGCAACUGAACCUGUGGAGGAGUGAUCUCUAUGGAAACUGAAGCUGAAGAGGACACAGGAUUUGGCUCGCUUUGCAGAACCAAAGAACUGCAAAAAAGUCUCAGGACCUAAUAUUUUUGGGUCUGAAUUCAAAACUCAGGGGAUACAGAAUACAUAUUUUUGGAUCAGGACUGUAAUGUGCCUACAAAAAUGUUGCCUAUUUUAUAACAAUAUGAGAUGUUUGGUAAUUUAUUAUUUUUAUUAUUUGUUCCUGGUCUGUUUCCUGUGCAUUAAGUCAAUAAAUUAUUGGAUUCAACAAA